CUCAAAUUUCUUUUUCUUUUUCUCGUCCUCCGUAUAAAAACAGAGCAACAGAUGCAGAGAGAGAGAGAGAGAGAGAGCAGAGCACUGAACCCAAAACAAAUCUCUCUCAUUUGCUUUGAAAACAGUGCAAGCCUGAACCUGUCCACUACAGUAAUAUUUUGCGUGAGUGGAUGCUCUGUUUUCCCUUUUCCAACCGCUGGAAUCUCCUCUUCCUCCCCUGUUCCCAGUUCCAUUUUUUAUCAUAAAUCUCUGCAGCAAAAAUAAGUUAAAAUGGCAAUCAAAACAAUUUGAAGCAAACCCAUUUCAAAUUAGCCCUUUUCCUCACUUGGGUCUGAUUCUUUUGCUGAGGUUGAGCGCUGAAACCCAUUGUAAAAGGCCUUCCCCUUUGCCCUGUUUCUUGUGACCGCCAUUGAUUCAAGCAAAAGAGAAAAUGGAUGAGAAGAAGCUUGAGCUUAGGCUGGGCCCACCUGGAGAUGAGGAAUACCCAGCAAAAACCUGUGUUGGUGCAAAGAGAGGUUUUUUUGCUACAGUUGAGCCCAAUACUGGAAGUAUUCUACCACCACAUGCUACUGAAAAUGCCGCUGAAGGCCAGAGAAGCUCUCGGACUAGGAGAAGAGGACCGAACUUUGAGAUCUCGGCAUACUUGGCCUACAAGCAAUCAAGCACUUGUUCCGCCUUCGAAGUCAUCCAACCAAACUUCUACCACACGCUAAAGUUUGUUUGCAACCUCGCUCGAAUCAUCAAAGGGAAGCAAACUUGACACGAGCAUCGAGGGAAGUAUCCUAUCACCCCAAAGAACCCACGUUAAAUAA